AUGAAGUCCGCCCUCUCACCAACUGCCGGUAGGCUUUCCUUUGCAGAGAGGAAAGCCCAAAUACCACGGCCGUCGACCUCGUACCUCGUCGAAGGCGACCACAAUCUGCGCGACGUUGAUCGGGCCCCGCCUGGAGACGUGGUCAGGAAAGCGCGGAAGUCACAAUCACGGCCGACUCUUGCUAAGCAGCGGAGCAACUACUUCGAGGACGCAUUUUCAGUCAAGGAGUUUAACCCGGCCAAGGAACGUGUGCGGAGCGAAGCCAUUGUCAUGGCAGAAGUGAAGACAAAUGUUAUCAUUAGUGACGAGUUCACAUUUAUCACCGAGCUAUCGUAUCAGCUAUCGACGCGGUAUCAACGACCCGUUUCCUCCAUUGUGGUCACCCUGCAGCACGGUGCGUGUAUGCUUUUCGGGGGAACUUUCGACCCUGCAUAUGUCAUGUCCGUGUAUGCUUUGCCGUCCCAGCUCCAGCCAACGACUAACAAGCGCAAUGCCGCACUGAUUCAAAAGCACAUGGAGGAGGCACUCGGUGUCGUGCCGUCCAGGGGCUUCCUACGAUUCGUCCCCGCCAUGGAGGAGCAUACGGCGUGGAAAGGAAAGACCAUGGCUGGCGAGAUCGACGAUCUGGAGAAAACCCUUAGAGACCUACCGGCGGAUGAUGCUAUGAGUAUUGCCUCUAGGGGGUCCAAAGCAAGGAGGCGGUUAAGUGUUCGAUCUUUCGGGACGUUCAAGGCAACCCCGGCUAGCAACGUGCCUGCACCGGAGCUCACGCCGCCAGCAAGUGCAGACGAUGCACCAUCGCGUAUGUCUCUUCCGGCCAUACCUCAGAGUCUAGAGUCGAAGUUGGAACGCAGUGUAAAGGCAGCUAAGCGAAAGAAGAGUUUCGUGGCGACCUUUUUCGGGAGAUUAGGACCCAAGGCAGAGCUUCGCCCACAGUUACCAAUCCAAGAUGAAUGAUCUCAGACAGUGGGUUGUCUAGGUCCUUGGAUGGCAUUUAGUACUCGAUAUCUUCGUGCCCCUAACAUGGGAAGGAACAGAAUGGGUUAACCUCCACCACUAAAACGAGCCAUUUGAUAGAGGCGAGGGAAUAUGAACAGCCUUGCCUCCUGACACCGUUUAUGCUACAACUCGGCCAAUUCGAUAUUGUGAUCGAUGUCCCAGGUUUGCUGAUUCAAAGUUAAGCAUGCCCAGGUCAAAUAAGAUUGUUUUAGGGUUGCUUGUCACACUGUUUCAUCUGUAGAGAGCAGGUGGAAAGAACG